AUGACGACCUAUACAACGAGCGGAACAAUAUUUAUUAUGAUAGACAUGUCUUCAGAAAUGUGGGAACAUCACCCAGAUGGUGAGAUGUAUUUUGAUAAGUGUUUAGAUUUUCUAACAGAAUUGUAUCAACAUUUCAAAGAAGUUCAUGCAAAACAUACAAUUGUUAUCUCUUUAUUUUCAAGAGUACAACCUAAUUUUCGCCCUACAUCAGCUACACCAACAUUUAGAUGUCUUUCCCCUUCAAAUUUAAGUAAACCUAAAGACACUGAUUUUAUUCAUACAAUUUCAUUUGCAGAUUCAUUUCCAUUAACAUUAUUAAAUACUCGUUUAAAACAAUAUUUUAGUCAAUGGAAGAAAAUGACAAGUCUUGAAAAUGAAGCUGUAUUAUGUUCUUCAAAGAAUUCUAAUUUAUUGGAAUCAAUUAUUACAGUAUUACAUCAUUUUGGAUCUCAUUUUAGAGGAGGAGGAAGUGAAACUAUGUUAAUCAUUACUCCAGGACCAGGACUAAUCAAAUGUAAUUCAUUAGUAAAGUCAUUGUGUAAAAGAAUUGUAUUAAAAAAUUAUGCAAAUAUUCAAAUGGUUUCUUUAGCAACAAAACCACUUUAUACAACUCCACUUAUACUUUUAAAUGAUGUAGAAGCAGAAGAAAGAAAUUAUUAUAUUCCGUGUUGGAUUAAAAUACGUUAUUAUCAAAGCUUUACGUUUGAUGUAUUUAAAUUAUGUAGGUCUCAUAAUUGUCAUAAUUGUCUUACUAAAAACUUUGAUAAAAAUGCAGAAUAUUUUUUUGUUCCAUUAAUUAAAAGAAAGUGUAUUGUUAAACAGGAUUAUCUCGUUCCAAUUGAUCAAGAAACUUCUACUGAUAUUUGUCAAAUAAAACAAAGUCUUCUUCCAUUAAAUGGAGUUUCACCUUUACACAUUAAUACUAUUCCAAAAGAACAUAGUUUAGCUUAUUGUAUCUCAGAGUCAUUACACCAACCUCGAAAUGAUCCAUGGGAUAAUCUUAUUAAAUUGCAAUGUCCUUCAAAGUAUAUUUCUGAAACUCCAACAAAGUUAUUUAAAAAAAUAGAAGAAAUAAAUUAUGUUAUUUUACCAUCGAAUAAUGUUAUUCCUAAACAAUUAUUUAAUAUUAUGAUCGGAAAUAGAGUUUCAUUAGGAUUUCAAUUUAGUCCCAAUACUACUUCAGAAAAUAGUACUACACUUUAUUCUCCUGAUGCUAUCCAUUUACUUCAAUUAAAAGAAAAUGGUGUUGAAGUUAAAAUUCAACAAAAGGUUUAUUCAUCAAUUUCAUUACUUCCUUAUCGCUACUCUUUUAUUGCAAUUACUACACCACCAAUAUCUCCUGAAUUUGAUAUUACAAAAUAUAAUAAAACAACUAGAACUAUUAACUUACAACCACUGAGAGGAAUGAAUUGGAAAGUAUAUGACAAUUUUGAUAGUUUUACUGUUGAUGAUGUUAAUCUUGAUAAAUUUCAUUCUCAAAUAUUUCAUGUCUCUUCAAAAGAAAGUGAAGAAGAACAAUUAUUUGCAUUUUUUAAAUAUUACGAAUUUAUCAUUUCUCAGAGUGAUAAUAUGGUUGAAUGGUUUCCAAUUAUAUUUAAUAAAGUUGAUGUUAAAAAAAAUGAAAUUGAUUACUUUAAUAUUGAUAAAGUACUUCAAACAAUGAUUAAAGAUAUUCAUGGAAAAGUUAGCGUUAAUAGGAUGCACGCCAAAAUAAUUUUAAAUGCUCUACUUAAACGCCAACUAAUUAUAGGUCCAGAAGGUCAAAACUCUUUUGUUGAUUCUCAACAAGUUAUUUAUACAACUCUUCCCUUACAAAGAACUAAUCCUACUGAUGUUGUUGAAAGACAAGUUCAAGCAACUCCUUCUCCUUUCCAUUAUCGUUCAUUCCUUGUUAGAAUAAAUUGUGGUGAAGAUAAAAAAGAAAAUUACUUUUUAGAGAUGGCAAAAGUAUUUACUCCAAAUGAACAUUACCACGUAGGUUUCUAUUGGUUAAAUGUCUUUAUGAGUCCAAGAACUAUGGACUCAAUUAUUGCCUCUCAUUGUAAACACUUUGAAAAGAAUGUAGAUUUGAGUUUUGUUCAACAAAUAUUACCUCGAGAUAUUGCAGUGAUGAAAUCUCUUGAUUGUAAAACUCAAAAGACAAGUAAAAAACAUCAAAAUCCAAUCAAUUGUAAGUUUCAAUGA